GCUCUGGACAAAAAUCGAGGUGCCUCAUGGGUCAGCUGAAUCGCGUGCAUAUCCGAGCAUUGGACACCCGUCGUCUCUUGUGUCGGGACGAGCUCGAGCAGAUGUCCGAGACGAGUGUGUGAAUGGAGCCUCGGGCACUCGCUGCCUUCUCCUAGGUUGCUGGAGAAGUCCGGUACUGACAGGAGGAGGAGGGGCAGCAGCAGUAGCACCUCGGGGACAUCUGAGCAUUGAAUAUGGCAUGUGUGAUUUCGAAUUACGCCUAAGGCGUAUGCAGUCAUCUCGAGCCUUGCAGAUUAUGUACAGAUUUGGAGGCUUCUGAUCAGAAAGGGGUUCUGAUGUCCACCUCGAGGACACAGACACUGAGGCGGCAGUGGCAGCACCAGCCUAAUAUGAGAUUCAUGGAUCGUCUGGUCGUAUGUUUCAUAUUGUUCUGCUCGGUGGACCUCAGGCUGAUACGAAAAGCUAACGCCGCAUUACCUCCUGACGAGAUAACCGCCAUUGAGGCUCUGCGCGAUAAAUUCAACCUGUCAAACUGGACAGCGGGAGAUCCAUGCUCUGAUGUCAAUUGGAUUAAGUGUUCCGGAGCCAAAACCAACGUGGAGUCGUUGUUAUUGACAAAUUCAAAUCUGACAGGUACCAUUCCGAGUGAGUUCAAGAAUCUGAAGUCAAUUAUCACCAUAGAAAUGUCAAACAACCCCCAAUUAGUUGGAGAUCUACCAGACCUAUCGGAAGCCGUCAGCCUUGUGACGUUUAAUGUGAGCUUUUGUGGUUUAGGUGGACAAAUUCCGGAUCUGUUUAAGUCGGGUGGACUUGACGUAUUGCAUUUGCAGAACAACAAUUUCACUGGGCCCAUUCCUCUACCUUUGUUUCAACUCCCAUUUCUUCGGAAUGUGAAUUUUCGGAACAACCAGUUGACAACUGUGCCAGUUAGCUUGAACCUGUUAAUUCGUCUUAAAACAAUGAAUUUGGCAAAUAAUCUUAUCUCUGGAAUAUUGCCUGACCUUCCUCCUGGUAAUAAGCAGCCCAACAGCGAAAAUCGUCUCGAAUUAUUAACCUUCAGCAACAAUUUCUUCUCAGGAGGAAUUCCAGAGUCCUGGGAACAGCUUAUCUACUUGAAAGAGAUAUACUUGAAUAAUAAUAAUCUUACGGGACCAAUUCCAUCUUACUUCGGAAAGUUGAGGACUUUGCUGAUUCUGGAUCUCAGAAAUAAUCAGUUCAAUGGCACAGUACCUGAGUCGCUUGCUGAACUACCAAAUCUCAAGACUCUGUUGCUGGACAACAACAAGUUUGCAGAAAUACCUCAAUCUCUGUUAGACAGAAAAGCGCAAGGCUUGAACAUCUCAUUUAGCAACAACCCAAACAUCAGAAUCACGGUGGACGAGCAGCAGGAACCGCCGAAAUCAAAAUCUGGUGCCCCGAUUGGAAUAAUCGCUGGAGUUGCAGCAGUUGUCAUCAUCGGAAUCGGUCUUGGACUCGCAGCAUUUAUAUAUGUUAGGAGGAGAAAGAGCAAGUCAAAUCUUGAAGAACAGGUUAAACCUGAGGACAUGCCUAAGUCAGCUCAAAGUUUCACAUUUAAGGAGGUCAAAACAAUCACUUCCAAUUUUAAGACCUCGAUAGGCAAGGGAGGGUUCGGAGAUGUUUAUUAUGGGAAGCUACCGGAUGGCAAGGAGGUAGCAGUGAAAGUUAGGUCUUCGAAUUCAAGCCAAGGAGCGGAUGAAUUUCUGAACGAGGUCCGACUGCUGUCAAGAUUGCACCACCGCAAUCUCGUAUGUCUGGUUGGUUACUGCUUAGAAGCACAACAACAGAUACUGAUCUACGUCUACAUGCCAAAAGGCACAUUGCACGACCAUCUUUAUCCCAAAGGUGCCAGCUCUACAAAGAAAAGCGCUUCAUCGAAGAAGAUCGGUGGUUCAAAACAUGAGCUGUUGAGCUGGAAAAAGCGUGUAGAUAUUGUGAUGAAUGCUGCAAGAGGCCUUGAGUAUCUGCACAAAGACUGCAAGCCUCCAGUCAUACAUAGGGAUGUGAAAAGUGAGAACAUUCUGCUGACCCACGAACUUCAAGCAAAGCUUGCAGACCUGGGAAUCUCCAGACAAGCACCAGAGCUGGAUGUUGAUAAACAACAUGUAAAUACAGGAAUUAUAACAAUGAUCAAGGGAACCUUCGGCUAUCUGGAUCCUGAGUACUAUGUUCGAAGAAAAUUGACCACAAAGAGUGAUGUCUUCAGUUUUGGAAUGGUUCUUUUGGAGAUUAUCACCGGCAGAAAACCUCAAAGCUACAAAUUUCCGGACAGUGAAGCAACAACCUUGCUAGAGUGGGUGCGAAAUGCAGUGAAAGCCCAUGAGAUUGAAACCGUUGUCGAUCCUACUCUGGGAAAUCAUUACCAUAAGGAGGGUAUGAUCAAAGUUGCUGAAUUGGCUUUGUCAUGUCAGCUUCCAACUAGCGGGCAAAGGCCAGAUAUGGGGGAGAUUGUGCGCGUUCUAAAACAAGUUCUGCAACUCGAACAAGUCACAGAGACUGAAUACAGCGAUGACGAAGACAACAUCACUAUUCUGGAAGACAUUGGCGAGCCAUACGACGAAGAGAGUGAAUCCAUCAACUCCAUUGCCUCGACGAGUGUGUCUAUGUAUCCUUAUACCCAUCCAUCCUGGAACACUCUGCCCAGGUAGUUGGAAGCCAGCCUUCAGAGUGCAUGAAACCUGCAUUAGUCAACCUCAUAUUUACACGAUGUGGUGGGAGGAGGGACGUGGUUGCGGGGAACGAGCCGGGUGGCCGGAAAUGGCCGAGGAUCCAUAAGAAAUGUCAAUCUGAUUUGCUCUUGCACUUGUACAUGUGGUGGCUUGUAAGAGGCAAGGGCCUUCGAGCCCGCCUGGACGAAUAUCACACUUCCCUGACCACUGGAUUCAUUAUUCAUCGGUUGCACCCAAUGUCGAGAUUGAUGGUGAUGGCCUUCUGGUUUCCAUCACAAUUUGUCUCUGAUGGCUAGUUUUGCUCUGGAUAUCACAGUAGAGGUUUUAGCACCAGAUUAAGCUCUUGAAGUAUCGUUUGAGAGCCUACAUUUCUCGCGUGUGAUACAGCCACACGAUCCAAGCAGCAGCUUAGACAAAAAGUGUCCUCAACGAAAGCUGAGAUGCUCACCUGCUCAUCAGCCACGUGAGUGAGCUUUCUAAGGAAACCUUAAAUUUGUCUUGAUACUUCCUCAGCCAGUCUUGUAACGAUCGUCCUGAUUAUUCGAUGUAGAGAGAUUAAAAGAGUUUUAAUAAAGUUAACCAGCAAUUAAGCAGCCGGUUUUCAUUCAG